GUUCUGUGAGUGUGUCUGCAUGAUGAACAAUUGACUCCUCGAUGGUCUGGAACGGCUUGUAAAACUUGGAAAAACUCCUGCGGUCCCUGCCCAGAAGAUGGAUGAGAUGAGGUUUGAUGCGGGCAACGCCGCGGCUCCUUCCGCCGACGUUCCUCCCCCUCUGAAGCAAGGCGAGACGUUCCACGUCUUCAUCAGCUACAGCAGCACCGACUCCCAGUGGACCCACUCGCUUAUCCAGCAGCUGGAAGCCCAGGGCCUGCGCGUCUGUUACCACGAGCGCGACUUCACGGCCGGUCGUACCGUACUGGAGAACAUGUCCGAGUGCAUCCAGGACAGCCAGAAAGUCCUGCUGGUCCUCAGCUCGGAGUUCGUCAGGAGCCGUUGGUGUCUCCUGGAGGCCAACAUGUCUCUGUUCAGGGACUGCCUGGAGAGGAAGCCCAUCAUCCCCGUGCUUCUGGAGCCGGCCGUCUGCGUCCCGCUUCACCUGUGCCACCUCACCUACCUGGAGGCUCGGGACGCCGACUUUCUGGCCAAGCUGCUGAAGGUGCUCUUCACCCCCAACCGGCAGCUCCAAGGCUCCACGGUGGUUCCCUACCAGCCUCCGUCCAUCUACAACGGGAAGGCCCUGCAGCCUUUAACUGCUGCGAACGUGGAAAGUCUUUACAAGUGGGAUGCGGGGCAGUUCAGUGACAUGGACGUACCGGACCAACUGCGCCUGAUCAUUGAAGACCCAGAGAAGUACAGGAAGGCCAUCGCCACCAUCAACAGUGUGUCUCAACAGAAAGUUUACCCGAAAUGGUUACAAGCAAUUUUGAUGGCCGUCGCGUUUAUAUUUUAUUUUACUUUAGUAGGCCUUGUCGCAUUUAUGAGCGCUCUCCUCGCGGGGAAUCACAGCUCGUAUUUCUGGUACCUGGUGCUCUUUUGUCUAUGCUGCGUUUUAAUUGGCGCACUGGUUCAGGGGCCGCUCAUCAAGAGGGAUGGUGUGGCUCACACGGUCAAGCAGAUGCAAAAGGCAGCCGGUCAGGCAAACGUCAUCCUCUGUGAGGAAAAUAUCUUAAUGGGCUGCCAGUCCAAUUCAAAAGUCUACAUGGUCUACGUUUCUCUGAGUGUGUGUCAGCGGGAGUUUGUGGAGCUCUUCUCCGAGCGGGCCAGCGCGGAGAGCCUGUUUCAAAGAGCUUUGCUUUAUUUCUCGUCAGGCUACGCCUGCUGCCUAGCCAAGAGAAGCUUCCCCUUCCCCAUGCCUGCAUCCCGCGGUCACUUGGAGGGGGGUGUGUGCUUCUGUCAGUACGUCUCCAUGCAGCUGACUCGGGGGGAGUGGAUGUGAGAGGGCCUGCGCAUUGGCCACAUCAUUAAGUGCACCAUGUUGAUGAAGUCACAUUAAUGGGGGGGUUGAAAGGAUUGAAAUCGGCCUCGUCACAAAAACCGGGCUGUGUUGACUUUUUAUAGCCGCUGUAAUUCUGAAUUUCAUCCCGACAUCCAUUUCGUAUGGUUCUUGUCUUCAUUGGGGGUCGCAGGUGACUUGGCACUAAGAUUGUCUCGUUUUCAAGAAACAUUUCGUGCAUGUUUUCGGUAUGUGGUUGGGAGUCAUGGUACUACGAGAAAGCUUACGCGAUCGUGGUGAGAGAAUCGAUUCGCAUAUCGCUAAAAUAUCAAUACCAAGUCAGUAUUCGAUAUCGGCUCGAUAUUAGCGCGAUGAGCUUGAUACCGUCGUUUCAGUUUAGUUCCUGGAUCGACUGCUACGGUUUUGUCCAAAAGGAAACAGCCAGGUUGCCGUACUUGCUGCUUUCAUCUCAGCCCAGAGCCGACCCACUUUGCAGCCUUGCCUUCCCAACACCGCCUCCUCUCCCCUCAUGGGUUGUGCUGUCAGUCAUGUGACUACGCCGCACAAACAAGCUGCCAGCUCUGAUACGUCCGCCCACGAAACAAAAGCCAAACUAAUCUGUAUCUCAAACCACUGCCACACAAAGCACAGAGGAAUACAGUACAUGCAAACUCCAGGUAGCGAGGUCUGAACCCAGAAUCAAACCCAGAACCUCUUAAUAUGAGGCAGAUAUGCCACACUGUAGAUCACAGUGUUGCCAUUGUCAGAAAUCGUCCAACCUGCGUCAUUCUUUCUGUGAGAUCAGAAAAUAAUUCAGGAAAGUUCGUAUCAGAGGGAAGCUUCAGAAAGCAGAAGUGUGUACUGUCUCUUUAACGCAAAAAAAAAAGUCAAAA